GGUCAAAGGAAUGAGCGUAGGGGAAGCCAAGUUUGGGUCACAUGCUUUUUGAUCGUCGCCCAAUUUUGCACCAAAAUUUCUUGUUCUGGUCAGUUUUGGUGUAGUCGAUUAUCGGAAAAAAGAGGGGAAAAAUCAGCGUGAUAUUGAUACAAAUCGGAGAAAUUGGAGUUGGGAUUUCGGCGGGGGAUGGCGAAUUUGUACGUGCGGGCGGUGCCGACGACGGAUCUGAAUCGGAAUACGGAGUGGUUCACUUACCCCGGCGUGUGGACCUCAUACAUCCUCAUAUUGUUCUUCUCGUGGCUGGUGGUGCUCUCUGUUUUCGGGUGCUCCCCAGGCAUGGCGUGGACCAUCGUUCAUCUUUCACAUUUCCUUGUGACUUAUCAUUUCUUCCAUUGGAAGAAGGGGACACCUUUUGCAGAUGAUCAAGGCAUCUAUAAUGGGUUGACAUGGUGGGAACAAGUAGACAGUGGCAAACAGCUCACUCGCAAUAGGAAGUUUCUGACGGUUGUCCCUGUAGUGCUGUAUCUAAUAGCAUCGCACACGACUGACUAUCAACAUCCAAUGCUGUUCUUCAACACUCUGGCUGUCUUUAUUCUUGUGGUGGCCAAAUUUCCAAACAUGCACAAAGUCCGUAUCUUCGGAAUCAACCAAUGACUUUAAGUCCAACCCAUCAAAUAUCCCACUUUUGCUAAAAAUUCUUGGUUGAUACAUCUCUUCAUAGUUCUCAGCAAAGGAACUGGAAAGGGUAAUUCGGAUAUCAUUUGCUAAACCUCUCAGAAGCUGGAUAUUUUCUGUAUGAACUUGCAAUUCAACUCUGGAGUUUGAUUUAGCUUCACAAUUAUUUCUUAUAUUCCGGUUUUACCUCAUUUUACAACAGAGCUGUAGUAGCAUAUUUAUAUUCCUAAUGGGUUGCAUAUCCUUCAUCAGUCUGUUGAUGUUCCAAGUUCUAGCGGCUGGUAUUGUAUAAGAAUAUUCUUUCGAGAAAAGAGACCCAAGAGUCUGCAUUCUGUAUGCAUUUUGAAUUAUCAAUAUUCUUAAUUUUUUGGGUU